AUGUUACAUAUACCAAUCGGCGUGUUCUUCAACAUGGCGGAUGAUCAAGCAAUGGAGCUUGAAUCUGAGGCAGGUGGUACAGUGAAUACAGGAAAUGUCAAAAAAAAUAUCCCAAUCAAACUGAAAACUCAACCAAAACCAACGAGAGGGAGACCAAGAAAAGCCACAAAGAUAAAGAAAGAGGCAUCUCCCCCGGAUGUUCCAGACACGGAUGAAAAUUCAAGUGUUGCUGAUUCGGAGUUCAUUGAAGCACCGAUCUUUAAACAGCCAGGAGAACCCCUGCACCAAAGUCAGGCAUUACGAUGGAACCACAAGGUUAACCUUAUUGGAGAGAAGGUGGUGGACCCCCUGAUUCAUUGCUGUGACAAAUGUAAACUGCCCAUUCUCAUCUAUGGUCGUAUGAUUCCAUGUAAGCAUGUGUUCUGCUUUGACUGCGCAAGAAAGACAGAUAAAGUUUGUCCAAGGUGUGAAGAAACUGUCCAGCGAAUAGAGCAGUCUGCACUGGGGACUGUAUUUGUCUGUAGCUAUGGAGGGCCUAAGCAUGGGGAUGGUGGAUGUAGGCGCACUUACCUGUCCCAUAGGGACCUCCAAGCCCACAUCUACCACAGACACAUGAGGACUGACUCCACAAAGUCCUCAUCAUCCACCAGUCAGGCAUCUGGAGCAAGUAAACCUGUGGUAGAACAAUACACAACCUCUAAAGUAAGCUCAAAAUCACAGCACUCUACACCAAUCAUAGAGCAGUACACAACAGCAGCCGGCCGGCACGCUAGUGGAGAGAGUCAUCUGAAUCUACCACACUCCUCCCGCCCUAGUGAUGCCAUGUAUCAACAGCCCAUCCUGGGUCAGAUACCACCCCCAGCCCAGGCUCUACCCACUCAAGCCAUGCUACAAGGCCCUCCUCCUAGACUCCCUCUAUCACAAGGACAGCCACCUGCUCAGUCAAUCAUACCUGGACAACAAGCUGAUAGUUACCAACUAGCCUCUAUGUCAGCACUAGCACCUGGUAGGAAGACUAAUCUUAUCACUGUACCACUACAAGACGACUCGGAUUACAGACGGAGGGACCUAGCGGCUGGAUACGGUUCUUUGCCUCCAUCAACCUUUUCAACAUCAUUGCCCCCACCUGGUGGUAUUGCUCAGCAGCAGGCAUUUCCAUCCAUGCAUCAGGGUCCCCAGCCAACAUCUAUCGCUGGUUUUCCUCCCUCUGGCCCUCCUCCUUUUACUUCACCUCCGUUAAGGACUCAGUUGCCUGUUUCAUCGGGAGUUAGUGUUCCCAUUUCCCAUCCACCUCCAAUCAGCGUUCCUACCCCCAAUCUCUCUACGCCUCCCCCUCCACUGUUGUCCGGCCCCAGAAUUCCAAUUCAAGGUGGUCAACCACCAAGAUUUGGAAGUCCCCAAGGUCAUUUCAAUGACAGUUACAGUCAAAGUGCUCCUGGGGGUCAAAAUCCAAGGGGACCAUGGACUGGUCCCCCUCCACAAAGAAGUUCUGGGGGUCAGUCACAAAGGGCACAGUCAGAAGGCUACCAGUACUAUCAAUAGACAUUGUUAAAAUAAAGACACUUUGUUGAUGUGUUCUUUAUGCAUUGAAUGAGAUAAAUACAUGUAGGAUUUUUUUCUUUUCAUCUUUUUUUUUUUUUACUAAACUUGAAAGUAUUUUAUCAUCUUAUAAAUACUGUGUCUAUGUUCAAUUUUUAUUUGUAUACAGUGCUACAGAGUUCACAUGUGUGAGAAGUUGUCCAAUUUUGUUAUGUGUAUUUUGCCUCAAUGUUCAAUGUUUUAUUUGAACUUUAAAGUUUCAGAUACAUGUUUCUAAAAUAACCACAGUUACAGUAGUGAAUUUGUUCUCGCCAGUUACAUUUUUCAGAAUUAUGGGUUUAUUUUACUGUUGAAAUAAGUUUUAGAGAAUAGUAUGAAGGCUUGCUUCUUACAUUUCAGUAUCCAGAUAUUUACAGAACCUUCUUACCUACAUGAAGUGGAUUAAUAUUGACAAAACACUUACAAGUUAUUCCUGUAGUAGCUUCCAUCUCACUCCAUAUAUCAGUUUUUUUGUUGUUAUUAAGAAUAAGAAGGUACAAAAUUGUAAUUAAAUUUUAUAAAUGUAAA